AUGGCGAGCUCACGCAUCAGAUCAUCUACAAUGUCGCUAGGUUGGACCAACGGCCGAACGAAGUCCUCGCCGCUCAUCCCGCAUGAAGUCUGGCUGCACAUCUUUGAGCUGGCAACAUUCGUUCCUGGGAUCCUCGAUCCGGAUAUCCAUGAUCCAUUUGAGUCGGCAUCUCCCUUGGAUGAAGCCUUGUUACCAUACCGCAAGGAUGCUCUCGAGAUUAGCCAGUCCCUUGCUACAAGGCGUGCCCUGGUCGGUGUCUGCAAACUCUGGCGCGCGCUCGUCUCUCCGCUUCUAUAUCAAGCGGUCGUCAUCCGUAACGUUCGCCAAUUGGAAGCUCUGCACGGCGUGUUAUGCUCAACGGGAUCACACGGAACUACGCUCGGCUCUUUCGUCCGUCGCCUCGACGUAGUGGAUAUCGACUUCGUCAUGGAACCGGAGGUGCUAACAACGCUCGCGCCGCUUGUCGGGUGUCUCUCGAGGCUCCGCGUACUGAACCUCCAAGGAGAGCUGCAUGCUGACAACAGGGAUGUGGCUACUCGCCUGUCGGAGACGCUCGGGGCAAACUGCAGCUCGACGUUGCAGAAACUCAUCUGGGACGUCGACCCGCCGCCGGCCAGCGCUGCCUUCGGGGCUCUCCUCGCGCGCUUCCAGAAUUUGCGCACCUGCGUGGUAGGCUUCCACGAUGACUUGGCCGACGACCUCUGUCUCCUCGACUUCCCGGCCCUCCCGGAGCUGCGCUUCUCCACGCUGGUGCACAGCGUGCUGCCCGAUAGCUGUGCCGUCUCACGGCACGCGAUCGCGCCGCCGCAUCUCACGCAAGCCUUGUUUCACGAGAUACGCGACGUCUCCGAGCACUGUGUCGAGGGCUUCCUGACCGCGGCCGGUUCGCCGCUCACCACCGCGUAUUUUCUGGUGUACGCGUCCCUGGCCUCUGCGCAAUGCGAGCACCUGACGCGGUUCUGUCCUCGACUGCGCCACGUGGUCCUCGCCAUGGCCGAUUGGGGGUGGCUAUUCCAAGGCGACGAGGCGGAAGGUCCAUACUUCUCCUCUAUCACGCACCUGGGCCUCUACUCGUCCCAGGUGAACGCUAGCAGAAAGAUGUAUCAGCAAGUCUUCGGCUGGUUGAGGUUCCGCCUUCCCUCGUCUGUGAAGGUGGUGCGAUUCUUGAACCCGGACGGGGUGGCUGCCUUGCGCCGAGGGCAUUUUGGGACGCUGAUGGCAGCGCUCUCUGUGCUCCCAAAAGGUUUGCGGGUAGAAGAUCACGAAGGAAACGCAUUGGGUAUACGGAUCACGAGCGAUGUCGUAGUGCAGUAG